AUGACAUUUAUUGUUAAGCUUAUAUCACAAAUGGUCACCACAGUUUUGAUCGAGUUGUUUUCCGAUUACGUUGUAAACGUGGGUGUUAUUCGCUCACCUCAAGCAAAGCUGAAUUUGAACAAGGCAACGGAAGAUGCUUUUAAUGCCAGUGACGCUAUCAACGGUAGAAGGGACUUUGCAGCGAUGAAGAACAAGUGGAUUCGCCUCUGUGACACGUUCAGAACCAGACGAGACGAUGCUAAUUCUACUGGUAGUGCACCUCUUCAACACUGGGAUGGAGACUUUGUUGUCGGUAAAGUGUAGAAAUGUCUGAUUCCAUAAUCAUAUUUAUAUCAUCAUCAAGUCCAAAUAAAAUUUAUUGCGAUUCAGCAACUACUGUAACAAUUUGAGAUAGGUUCAUUUUGUUUUCUCUAGAAAUAAAAAGUAUAUCGAAACAAUAGAGUCCUUGAAAAAUAAUAACAGAUAGGUUAGCAUUUUGAGUGAACUUUAUAUUUUAAUCGUUCAAAAAGGGUCAUUAAAAAGCAACGUCAUGGAUUUUGGAAAAAGCUUUCUUUUGGAAGUCUGAAGUAACCUUUCACAAAAAAAAAAAAAAAAAAAAAAAAUAAUAAUAAUAAAGUCCUUAAUCGGGAUCUUUAAAAAAAUAAUUUUGUUGCUCGUGAGGGCC